CAGCCUCGGCUCAAUGCUCAUCAGUUGCUGUUGACGUCGUCGCUUGCCAUUUUACCAGUUAAGAUCUGCGUUUCGUUUCUAUCGCAAAACAGUCAAAAUUGUCAGCUCGUUGCAUGCACAUCGCGUUCGCUGCUCGCAUCUGAACGCCAUUCAUACAGUGCCUAAAGGACUUAUUGUGAAGGAUUAUUAUCCUCCGACACUCACACACACACACACAUAUCCAUACGAAAUGGCUAAAAUAAUUAUCAGUGCUUUCUUGUGUCUAGCCAUGUUUGGCUCAUUGGCUCUCGCUUCUCCUGAGUGUUUGAUACCCAAUGGACGUUUCGCAGUUGGCGAUCAGUGCGAUGCCUACAUCGAGUGCCAGGACGACGUGCCCGUGCACAAGCUCUGCCCAGAUGGUCUGCUCUUCCAUCAGCGCACCAAGGCAACAGGUGAGUGCACCUAUGCCCCGUAUGCCACCUGCAAGGAGCGCACUCUCCUCCAGCCUGCCAAUGGCACCGAUGAGUGUCCACGUCAGUUCGGUUUCUAUCUGAAUGGCGACUCGACUAAGUGCGGCGUCUAUCGCAACUGUGCCCACGGAGUUGCCAGCUUGACCAAGUGCCCUGAGGGAUUGGCCUUCAACGAGGAGACCUAUCAGUGCGAUUGGCCCGAUCUUGUGGAGAGCUGCAAUGCCGAGGCUUAUUUGGGCUUCAACUGCCCUGAACCCGAACCCCUCGAGGGUGCUGCCCCCUCGGUCGAUGCCAGUCCAGAAGGCGAGCUGCGCUACUACCGUCAUCCCCAGACCUGCAAGAAAUACUUCGUGUGCGUCAAUGGACAUCCACGUCUCUACAACUGCGGUAGAUAUCUGGCAUUCAAUGCUGAGACAAAGUUGUGCGACUUCUACAACAAGGUGCCCGAGUGCUAUGCCCUGCUCAAGGAGAAGCAGAAGCUGAAGGCUGAGCGUAAUAACUUGCCAACUCUGGAGAAGGCCCUCGAGUAAGUCCUGCGACUCUCGGGUUGGGCAUUAUCAUAGAGGCUAGCCCAGAGCGGCUUUCCAAUUGUGCAAUUUGUUUUUGUAAAUACCUAAGUAUAUGUGUAUUCUGUAAUAAAUAAAGUUACUUAAAUAAAAGAAUAUUUUAUUGAUGAAUUGAAA